AGGUGCGGCUGAGCCCCGCCCCACGUCCCGCGGGAGAGGCGGAGGCAGCCGUGACCCGCCCAGGGUCACUCACCGCGCUCGGGACGGAAAUAGCUCCGACGCCUCCUCCCGGGCCUGGCAGAGGCGACGUUGCCCUAUUACCGCGCGAUCAUUCAAGUCUGAAUCACUUAAACGCCCCUAAUUGCAGACCUGUGGGGAACUGUAACCACCGUGUGACUCUAACUGCCAGCGAGCCCAGGUACGAGUGACCACGGUUUUACAGAUGCCUGAACGUGGAAUUAAACGCUGGGGCGAGGCGUGCUUGAAGAUGACUUUAACACGGCCCAGGAACGUAGAUUUUUAAGACCUGAAUUUGAGCGAUCACCCCCCACCUGUGAUCCUGGACGGCGCCCCACUUGGGGUUCAAUAGACGCCGCCGGAAAAGGCACCGGCUGAACCUCAGAUACGUCUAAGCAGUGACUCUUCACACCUACUCUCCUUUCUGUGCCCACGCAAGCGCUGUCUUGCUUCUGUGUUUAAAUCUGCCUUUUCACUCCUAUGUCGGCACCCGUGAGAGCUGGGGAGGGCCUGGGAAACCCUUGGGCUGAUAAACGCAGAUCUUCUCAUGGGGCUGGACACGUGCUGUGCUCGGAAAAGAAAGUAAAUUCCGUACAGCAAAUUGCUCUAACUGAUUCAUGUGUCCUCAGAGCGACUCCGCCUACCUGCUCGCAGGUAUCCAGGUAAAUGACAAGUGGGCGGGGCCGACUGACUGCUUCAAUCGCUAAGGUCUCAGCAAUGCUUUAUCUGGCCGGGCUUCCGUGCGGUCACGCAUUUCCUGCUGCGGGCAGCCAAUGCCCUUGUCCCUCCAGGCCCUUGUCCACCGAGCUGGCUUCUAGUCACUGCUGAGGUUGCCUAACAGUCUGCUUCGUUCAGCCACAAGGGAUGAGAGCUGCCUGGUUGAUGCUGCUUUGAGAGCCCUAGAGACCCUUGGAAAGGUAGCUCCUGGAAGGUCUUGACUUCCUCCUGAAGGAAUAUCAUUUUCCUGGGCCUCCUGUCAAACUGUUUCUAGGCAACCAUGAACCAGCCAGACCCUGCCGAUGACCCAGAUCCGAGGGCUAACCCCCUGUGUGUGGUAUGUGGCCAAGUCCACACCCCCGAAGAGAACCACUGCUACACCUACGUGGAAGAUGUGGAUGAUGACCUCAUAUGCCACAUCUGCCUACAGGCCUUCCUGCAGCCCCUGGACACCCCGUGUGGACACACCUACUGCAGCCUCUGCCUCACUAACUUCCUGGUGGUGAAGGACUUUUGCCCCGUGGACCGCAAGCCCAUUGUCCUGCAGCACUGCAAGAAGUCCAGCAUCCUGGUCAACAAGCUCCUCAACAAGCUGCUGGUGACUUGCCCUUUCACGGAGCACUGUUCUGAGGUGCUGCAGCGCUGCGACCUCCAGAACCACUUCCAAACAAGCUGUAAAGGCGCUUCCCACUACGGCCUGACCAAGGACAGGAAGAGGCGCUCCCAAGAUGGCUGCUCUGACGGCUGUGCAAGUCUCACGGCCACCCCGCUCUCCCCAGAGGUUUCAGAAGCUGCCACCAUCUCUUUGGUGACCAAUGAGCGUGGCCGAGACAACCCUUCCUACGUGUCCACAGUGGAGAGCUGUCAGCCAGAAAACAGCCCCUCGGACGCUGGCCGGAGCAACCGAACCAGAGCAUGGCCUUUUGAGCGAUCCUCUAUCAGAAGCAGAUCAUUUAAAAAAAUUAAUCGAGCCUUGAGUGUUCUUCGAAGGACAAAGAGUGGGAGCAUAAUUGCCAACCGUGCUGACCAGAGCCGAGAAAACCAUGAAAAUUCGACUGUCCCUGAAGUCUUUCCAAAGUUUUAUCACCUGAUUCCACGCGGGGAAGUUACCAGCAUCAAGAUCAACCGAGCAGACCCCAGCGAGAGCCUCUCCAUUAGGCUCGUGGGAGGCAGUGAAACCCCACUUGGCCACAUCAUUAUCCAGCACAUUUACAGUGACGGGGUGAUCGCCAGAGACGGCCGGCUGCUGGCAGGAGACGUCAUUCUCAAGGUCAAUGGGAUGGACAUCAGCAAUGUCCCUCACAACUAUGCCCUGAACCUCCUGCGACAGCCCUGCCAGGUGCUGUGGCUCACGGUGCUACGUGAACAGAAGUUCCCAAGCAGGAGAAACGGCCGUUCCUUUUACUUUUAUGGACCUCGGAAUGACAGUUUCCAGGUGAUACUCAACAAAAGUAGUCCCGAGGAGCAGCUUGGAAUAAAACUGGUGCGCAAGGUGGACGAGCCUGGCGUAUUCGUCUUUAGUUUGCUAAGUGGAGGCGUGGCGGACCGGCAUGGCCAGUUGCAAGAGAAUGAUCGUGUACUGGCCAUCAAUGGACAUGACCUGCGGCACGGCAGCCCAGAAAUCGCAGCUCUUCUGAUUCAGGCCAGUGAACGGCGUGUUCACCUCAUCGUGUCCCGCCAGGUUCGAGCGCAGAGCCCGGCCUCCUGGCAGGAAGGGGAGCCCAGCAGCAGCCUGUCCCCAGGCCCAGGCGGCGUCGCUCCCAAGCCCUGCUGUCCUGCAGCUGCCUGUCAUGAGAAGGUGGUAAGUGUCCGAAAAGACCCCAGCGAAUCUCUUGGCAUGACCGUUGCAGGGGGAGCCGCUCACAGGGACUGGGACUUGCCUAUCUAUGUCAUCAGCAUUGAGCCGGGAGGAAUCAUAAGCAGAGAUGGAAGAAUAAAAACAGGUGACAUUUUGUUGAAUGUGAAUGGAGUCGAGCUCACCGGGGUCAGCCGCAGUGAGGCAGUUGCCCUGCUGAAGAGCUCGUCCUCUUCGGUGGUAAUCAGAGCCUUGGAAGUCGGAGAACACGAGCCCCAGGAAGACUGCAGCAGCCCAGAAGCCCUGGACUCCAUCUACAACAUGACUCCGCCUGGCGUCUGGUCCCCGUCCUGGGUCAUGUGGCUGGAAUUAACACAGUACUUGUAUAACCGUAAAGAUAUUGUAUUGCGAAGAAACACAGCUGGAAGUCUCGGCUUCCGCAUUGUAGGAGGUUAUGAAGAAAACAAUGGGAACAAACCUUUUUUCAUCAAAUCCAUUGUUGAAGGAACGCCAGCAUACAAAGAUGGAAGAAUCAGAUGUGGAGACAUCCUUCUUGCUGUCAAUGGGAGAAGUACAUCGGGCAUGAUGCACACUUUCUUGACAAGGAUGCUCAAAGAACUUAAAGGAAGAAUUACUCUCACUAUAGUUUCUUGGCCUGGCACUUUUUUAUAAAAUCACCAGUGGGUCUCAGAAAAACAGAAAAAUCACAAAUAGGCUAGAGUGAAACAAUUACCUUGUCAAUUUUUAUAAAGGUUAUUUAAAAAUGUCAAGAAAAGUAUGAUCUAAUGAAGACCAGUUACAUCUCAGAGACUAUUCUCAAAAAAUAAAAACUAUUCAUGGUUUUUAUUCAGUAUGGAAGAAUUCUCAUUACUCUGCAACUUUUAAGUUUAUACUUUUAUAUCCAAUAAAAAGCCACUGAACAACCAAAAAUGGUUUCUAUGCCCCAUUCAAAUCAUCGACUUACACUCAAGAUCUGGUAUAAUGUGAGUUCUGCAGAGUCCACUAUGAGAAUUCUAAAUGUAAAGUCAGAGGACAUAAAAACUGUAUUGCUGAGAAAUGUUCAUCAAUUGAGAAAUAAAAUGCUUUUCAAAAAUUGUA